AUCAUGGCCCUCCACCCUCGAAGAGUCCGGCUGAAGCCCUGGUUGGUGGCCCAGGUGGACAGUGGCCUCUACCCUGGUCUUAUCUGGCUACAUAGAGAUUCCAAACGCUUCCAGAUCCCCUGGAAACAUGCCACGCGGCACAGCCCCCAACAAGAGGAAGAAAACACCAUUUUUAAGGCUUGGGCUGUGGAGACUGGGAAGUACCAGGAAGGGGUGGACGAUCCUGACCCGGCUAAGUGGAAGGCUCAGCUCCGCUGUGCUCUCAACAAAAGCAGGGAGUUCAACUUGAUGUAUGAUGGCACCAAGGAAGUGCCCAUGAACCCUGUGAAGAUCUACCAAGUGUGCGACAUUCCUCAGCCCCAGGGCUCUGUCAUUAACCCAGGAUCCACGGGGUCUGCUCCUUGGGACGAGAAAGAUAACGACGUGGAUGAAGAUGAGGAGGAGGAUGAGCUUGAUCAGUCACAGCACCACGUCCCCAUCCAGGACACCUUCCCCUUCCUGAACAUCAAUGGUUCUCCCAUGGCACCAGCCAGCGUGAGCAACUGCAGCGUGGGCAACUGUAGCCCUGAGUCCGUGUGGCCCAAAACAGAGCCUCUGGAGAUGGACGUGCCCCAGGCGCCCAUCCAGCCCUUCCACAGCUCUCCCGAGCUGUGGAUCAGUUCCCUCCCCAUGACCGACUUGGACAUCAAGUUUCAGUACCGUGGGAAGGAGUACGGGCAAACCAUGACGGUGAGCAACCCGCAGGGCUGCCGGCUCUUCUAUGGGGACCUGGGCCCCAUGCCUGACCAGGAGGAGCUCUUCGGUCCUGUCAGCCUGGAGCAGGUCAAGUUCCCAGGUCCAGAGCACAUCACCAACGAGAAGCAGAAGCUGUUCACCAGUAAGCUGUUGGAUGUCAUGGACAGGGGGCUGAUCCUGGAGGUCAGCGGACACGCCAUUUACGCCGUCAGGCUGUGCCAGUGCAAAGUGUACUGGUCGGGGCCCUGUGCCCCUUCGCCUGCUGCUCCUAACCUGAUUGAGAGGCAGAAGAAGGUCAAGCUGUUUUGUCUGGAGACAUUCCUGAGCGAGCUCAUUGCCCACCAGAAAGGACAGAUAGAGAAGCAGCCACCCUUUGAGAUCUACUUAUGCUUUGGGGAAGAGUGGCCAGAUGGGAAGCCCCUGGAGAGGAAGCUCAUCUUGGUUCAGGUCAUUCCAGUGGUGGCUCGCAUGAUCUAUGAGAUGUUUUCUGGUGAUUUCACCCGGUCCUUUGACAGUGGCAGCGUCCGCCUGCAAAUCUCCACUCCAGACAUCAAAGAUAACAUCGUUGCGCAGCUCAAGCAGCUGUACCGCAUCCUCCAAACCCAGGAGAGCUGGCAGCCCAUGCAGCCUGCCCCCAGCAUGCAGCUGCCCCCUGCGCUGCCUGCCCAGUGAUCCUGACGCCAUGUCUUUUCUACUCUCUCUCUUUUUAUAUUGUACAUAUAUUUUUUUAUUCAGUUAACCAACCUUUAAAUCUCCUUUCUUUAGCAUCAUCGGAAGUCUGCGACUUCCAAAUAUGCUUAGUUUUAAAAAUUGCUCUAAUUUAUCGCUAUAUUGUCCCUCUUCGGGGUUCCUUUUAGGUCCUCCAUGGGUGGUGUAGGAGAUUUGAUUUGGAAGUUUAGACACCAGGAUUGUAGUUGCAGCUGUGCUUUCAAGGUGACUCUGGAGCAACUCAUUAACUUAAGGGCAGCAGAUGUAUUACUUGUAAAUAAAUAAGGUUUAGAACGAUGCCCAAAAUUGCAUUCUGCCCUUAAACUCUGACAAUUAUUUUCCUCUACUCGGAUAAGACAAAACUGCCUGGAACAGGACCCUUCUUCAUUGUUCUUAGACCACAUUUUUCCCUCCUUGCUUUCAUCAAAGUUCCUUAAGCGCUGAUCUGUCCUGACUUGAGCUCUGUUUGACCUGUUCUGCUAGUACAGUCAGCUGGCUCCCUGCUGGGGGAAGUCAGAGGGAGAGGAGCUGGCUGGUUGCUUAGGAACCAGCCUUGAUAUCUAAAUAGAAAUGGUGCCAAGGUCUGAAAGUCACCCGACCUGUGGAGUAAAAGCGAGUAUCAAAGGGGACGUUGGUGACACAGAAAGCCUAGGAAUUGCAUGAAAGAAUGGUCACCUUGUCAACACCACCUCGUCUGUGGGUGGAGGAGCGCCUAAGUCCAUGGUGGACUCAGGGCAGAAGUUCUCCUUACUCUCAUUUUCUUCUCUGUAGAGGACAGAGGGAAUUGGGCAUCUAGAAUAUACUCUGGUGACAAAAGAGACAGUUCUUGUUUAGAGACUUCCAAGUCUUCCUAACAAUUGGAUUUUUCCAAUUGCAGAAAUGAGGUGUUCGUGUUAAAGGUCUAGACAGUACUGUUCUGGGAAAGGCUCAAACCUGCUUAUGUCACUUGCUGUGAGCAAUGGAGAAAAACAGUGAAGGACACUGCUGUUGUGUCUCAUGAAGUGUCUGCCCUGGCCCCUCUCAUAAUUUGAAUUCCAAGACUUAGAUGAAAAACAAGAUGUCUAUCUCUGGUUACAGGCCCCAAUCCUCUUCAACACCGAUGUCUAUUUGUUUUAUGUCAGGAACUAUGCCUGUGUGUGUAGUGUGCUGCCCUCAAAUGAAGGGUAUCAACUUCUCCUCUUCCAGCCACUGAAAGUUGGGAUGGGUUUAGACUCUAAAAGCUCAACCUAACCCUGGGUGACAGGGAGUCUUGCUUAGGAUGUUAAUGCUUUGGUUUAAAGUUCCCAGAUUAUUAAAAGCAGGACCAAGAGAAAUCUGGGUGAGUUAAGAAAGGCAGGCAUCUCUGUGACUAAGAACAAAGUAUAAUUGUAUACACAUAGGCAUAGGAUGAAAAUGUCAAGAGUAUGCUUUGAAUGCUAAUUAAAAAAUUUUUCUUAAAGAGAAGUUUAAGUGAAAGUGUAAAAGUUGGACUUUUGUAGAGCAGGAACCCUGCAAGGCAUAAGGACGUUAUUCUUUUGGAGGAACGUGGUGACAUCAUAUUGUGAGGAAGUGCAGGGGUCUUGACGUGUGGCUGCUCCAUGGCAUGUGUGAGCUCAGUUAAAAAUAACUCAUUAUAGGCAAAGUGGGAGGAAUAGGGGCCGUGGAAUAGGGGCCAUUCCCUCUUCCUUCUGUGAAAUGUCAACAGGCUCCUGGGGAACGAACUGGUGAAGAACACUGAAAACUCUGCUCUGAGGUGCUGUGAGCUGAAUGUUUAGUAUGUGACUGUAAUCAACAGUUGACUGAUAGGUCAGGAUGGAUGGUUUGUGUGGUCCUAACUAGACAGUCCAGUUUCUUGUCAUGACUCUUUUACAGAGUGCUGAGAGAGUACAUCACAGGCACGGAUCUUCUCUGAUUAUCCUCAGUAAGCUUUCUGUUUUUGAUAGAUACCAUGUAUCCUCCAUUUUCAGAUCGAAAAAAGGAGGGGCUCCUGACUCUUGCACUCACUCCAUAGUUGUCUUUGCCCUCAUCUCAAGACUCAGAAAGGUGGAUUUUCCCUGUUCCUCCUUUUCCUUACUGUGCACUCCAGAUUAACUCAAACUUAAACAGAACCCACUACAGGUAAACUGGGAAGGCAAAUCUGGUCUCCUUCCCACAAUCCCCUGGUUAUUCCAAUAGUAUCUUAAACUUUCAGAAUAACUGACCUUUGUAAAUUGCUCAGCAUCUGUGUCCUGCUUGACUGCCAACUUGGAAAGUGAAAACUGUCUUAGAUUUACUGCCAGGUCUUUAGCAUUGUCUCGUAGGGCGUGUUCUAACAUAUAUGUGCUGUAAUGAAUGAACUGAGUCUUCCGAUUUGGAGAUGUAUUACUAACUAGCAUGGGAAUAUAAAAUAAAUUUGAGGAGGAAAAAUUUAA